CCGCUGCCAGUCGCUCCCCGCCUGUGCCGCGGCGCCGUGUCCUCUCCUCUCCUCUCCUCCCGCCCGUCCCCAUGGCAGCCAAGCGAAAGCAGGAGGAGAGGCACCUGAAGCUGCUGCGGGAGAUGACAACGCUGCUGCACAAUAGGAAAUGCUUCGACUGCGACCAGAGGGGCCCGACCUACGCCGACAUGACCAUCGGCUCCUUCGUCUGCACGUCCUGCAGCGGCAUCUUACGAGGGCUGAAUCCUCCGCACAGAGUCAAGUCAAUCUCCAUGACCACCUUCACACUGCAAGAAAUUGAAUUUCUGAGAACACAUGGUAAUGAUGUGUGUAAACAGAUUUGGCUUGGAUUGUAUGAUGAAAAUUCGUCAGUUUAUCCCGAUUUCAGAGAUCCUCAAAAAGUCAAAGUUUUCCUGCAGGAAAAAUAUGAGAAGAAAAGAUGGUUUGUGCCGGCUGAACGAGCCUGGGCCGUAGCAGCAGCCCAUGCAUCUAUUUCAGGUUCCUCCGCCAGCAGUGCAAGUAGUACUCCAGAAAUAAAGCCGGGAAAGUCGCAAACCUCUGACACAACACCUGCUCUUCCUCUGAAUAAAGGGACACCAACCCAAUCCCCAGCAGCGAGUCGAUCCCAAGGGUCACAACAGGAGAAGAAAGUGGCUCCAUUUGACCUCCUCGCAGACCUUGGAGGGGACAUUUUCGCUACUCCACAGUCUGCACCUCCAUACUUUGCAAACUUUGCACAUUUUAACAGUCACACAGCUUCCAACUCUAUGAAUACAGAUUUUGCAAACUUUGAUGCAUUUGAAAGUUGUAAUGCUUCUGAUAGUUUUGGAAGUUUCUCCUCAGCAAGUCUGCCAUCCUUCCAGUCCAACAGUUCAGGUAGUGGAUCCUCUGCAUCAACAAAUGCUCAUUUUGCAAAUUUUGAUAACUUCCCCAAAUCUUCUAGUGCCGACUUUGGAGCUUUCUGUUUCUCUGGAAGUGACACAUCAGUAAUCAAAGCGCAUGCUGUUAGUGAAGAUAAAUACGCAGCCCUUGCUGACCUAGAUAACGUUUUCAGCAGUAAUACGCAAACACAAGGGGCAAGUAGUCAACGGACUAAUUUCGGCUCAACACCUGUUGGAUCUUCUGUGAUGACUGCCAAUCAGUCAAGCUCGGCAAACAAUGUGUUUGGGACAGUUCAAAGUGUUACAACAACGCAGGGUCACCAAGGAGUCAACACCACACCGGCAGCUUUUGGAGCAGCAACCAAUCCUUUUGUAAUUGCUCCUGUUUUGCCACCACCUGCUGCCACAAACCCGUUCCAGACCAAUGGGAGAACUGCAGUAAGUUUUGGAACAGCAUCGAUGAGCAUGCCUACACUGUUUGCCACCCGAGCCGGAUACAGUCUCCCCACCAGUUUCAGUGGUGGGUUUCAGCAGCCUGUGUUAUCUGCUCCAGGGGCCUUUUCUCAACAUUCAGCCUUUCCACCACAUCCCACUGGUGGAGGAUUUAGUUCAUUUGGGCAACCAAAGCCAAUGCUGAUGCCAUAUAGUCAACAAAUGGGAGUGUCUACUAAUCCAUUUCUGGCUGGAGCUCCAAUGGGUCAGUUUCCAACAGGAAACUCCUCAACCAACCCAUUCUUAUAGCCCAAGUGGUUGCCGUCAGGAGUGCGGUGUCGGUGGGUGACGUCUCCAGACCUCUUGCACAGUUUUGUUGCUCACUGAUCUUAGCUUUAAACACGGGAGUCUCUGAAGCUUGUAUUUUGUAUAAAUAGGAUAAUAUAUGCAGAAAAAGGACUCCCCCUCAUGUCCUUAAUUUAACUGUUACUUGGCAAGAAGGUUCAAGAUGUAGCCAUAUCAUGUAUAUUGAAAUGGGCUGAUGUUAAGUUAUUGCAAAUCCUACCUUUCAUUGCUGUGCAGUACUGUACAUAUUUUUCUUGGAAAUGUAGCUAUUUGUGCACAUUGGUAUUUGUAAUUUAACACACACGUUGAAUGUGAAAUGUUACUGAACAAAAGGGAUUGUGAGAUUGCUGAAUCUACAAGGUUGAAAUUGCUGCAACAACAUUUGCCUU